AUGGCGAAUCUUCCUAGAAAGACAGCUCGAAAAUUUCAGAAAAUAAACGAAAAGAUGAAAGAAAGAAGGAAUCUACGAAGGAAUCGGCGCCAUCUAAAAGAAAUUGAACGUAGGAAGCAGAAGGAUGAAGAACGACGCAGAAGACGUGAAAAAGAGAGAGAAAGGGAGAAACGAGACAGGGAAAGAGAAGAAAAAGACAAAGAUAGGGAUAAAAAUAAAGAUACAAAAACAGAUGAACAGUUAUCAGUCAAAGUGCUCAAGAAUCCUGAAAGAGAAAAAGAGAAAAGUAAAGAUGAUGAUAAAGACAGGGAUAAAAGAGAUGACAAGAAAGACGAUAAAAACAGCGGAAGAGAAAGGUUGCGAUUCUCUAAAGAAAAUCGUGAGAAAGAGAGGGCUAGAAAUGAUAAAUCAAGCAGUGCUUACAGCGAUAAAUAUAAAAGUAUGCGUGAGAGUUAUGGGGGACGAGGUGGAGCUAAAGGAGAUGAUCAGGGGAGCCGAGGAAAGCGUAGUGAUAGACCUAAAGAUGAUAAAUAUAGUGAUCAGGAUAUUGACAAUGAAAAAGAUAGUGAUUAUGAUAAGGAUCGGGAUAGGGCUAAAGGUAGUGAUCGUGAUUAUGGGAAAGGAAAGGAACGAGUUUAUGACAAAGAAAGAGAUCGUGCAAAGGACAAUUCUAAAGGACGUGAUUAUGGAAAAGAUAAAGAACAUAACAGAGGAAAAGACAGAGACUAUGGAAGAGACAGGGACAGGAGCUAUGGAAAGGAUAAGAGUUAUGGAAAGGAUAGAGAUAGGGAUUAUGGAAAAGACAGGGAAAGGGAUUAUAGAAAAGAUAGGGAUUAUGGGAAAGACAGGGACAGGGAUAAAGGCUAUGGAAGGGAUAGGGAUUAUGGAAAGGACAGAAAUAGGGAUACAGUUUAUGGAAAGGAUAGGGAUAAUGGUAGAAAUUAUAGUAAGGAUAAAAGUAAGGAUAAAUUUAAAGAAGGAGAGGGAGAUAAAAUUAAGAAUAGCUCUAGAGAAAAAGGGAAGUCAGAUACCAACCUUUCAGACAAAGAUACUGUUGGAUUAACUAACAAGAAUGAUGAUAAUAAAGUUGUUGGUGAAACAACCCCAGCUGGUGAAACAACUCCAACUAGUGAAACAGUCCCUGCUAGUGAAACACCACCAACUAGUGACACCAGUAAAAAUACUGAAGCUACUGGUGGAAAAGAAGAGGUGACCGAUUCUGAGGAUAAAAGAAGAAAGAGAAAGGACAGACCAGAGAGACAGAUAUAUGUACCAAGAAGAGCUUUAGAAAAACAGAGACAAGAGGCAAAAACAAAGCCAGACAACAAGGAGGAAGAUGAAACUGAUGACAGUACCAAAUGUCAGAAUAGUUCAGACACGAAAGUCAGCAGUGAAGUUCAAGAUAAUGUUAAAAGCGAUUGUGAGGAAAAUAUCAAGGAAUAAAUUAUUAAUUUAUGAACUUAUAGUGAUUGUUUUGACUUAUUAAUUUUUCUUCUUUGUCACAGAAGUUUUUGUUUUAUUUAAAAUUGGUGCAUAACUAUUAAAAUUGUUCAACAGUU